GUUUUACCUAAGUACCAGAAAAAGGCUCUCCCAGUCGCCGGCAAUUAUCCCUGUCGAGGAUCACGAGGCGGGGGUUACGUGGGACACAAAGAGUAAGGGGCACGGCCGUAGAGAAGUGUUUUUCUUGUUGCACCAGAAGGAAUCUUUUACAGCUGAAUAUAGUUGCCUCCUAUAAGUGUGGCGAAAAGAUACCGUACAGGAGAAGAUGGGGCCAUCCUCUCGGUCGUGCCUCUAGAGAAUCUAAGCAUGAAGAGUCAACUUUUAUCUUUCAACAUACAUAA